CUCAGCUCUAAUUUGAUCUUUGGUCUCGCUGAUCAAGUGUAGUUUUCGAAUUGUUGUAAUUUCGAUUCCCUAGAUAUCAAUUUCAAUUGUUUAGAGUUCUAGGACUAGAAAUUUUAGGAUGUACAUAUUUGAAUGCUUUUAGUCUGUAAAAAUUCGUUGUUGAUUAAUAAUUUUUUGUGUCUAUAAGAACACUUCGAAGGUGCGAUUGAAAGGUUUAAUCGAAGGUGCUGCUGAUUGAUUCUCUCCUUCGAAGGUGUGAUUGAAGAGAUUUUGGUUUAAAAGGCUUACGGAGAAAGCAGAAAAUAGAGUUUCUGCGAAGCAUUAGGGUUAAUUUUUAGGUUGGAUCCUUUAACCAUAAUUAUAAAAAAUAAAAAAAAAUAAAAAUAUCGGCGUACCGCAGCCGUACCCUUAUCAUACUUUUUUUAGAUUUUGCCGUAUCGGCGUACCCACACUCGUACCCGUACCGUACUCGUAUCCGCACCCGUGCUUCUUAGGCAAAUGGAGUCUCACAGCGCCGGACUACGCCGUGUUCUGGUGCUCGCCUUUUGCGUCGCAGGCAUUUGGUCAGCUUAUAUUUACCAAGGAGUCCUUCAAGAGACUGUGUCCACCAAGAGAUUUGGCCCAAACAAAGAGAGGUUUGAAAGCCUAGCAUUUUUGAAUCUGACACAGAGUGUAGUUUGUUUCAUUUGGUCAUUUAUUAUGAUAAAGCUUUGGUCUAGUGGUAGUAAUGGCGGUGCUCCAUGGUGGAGUUACUGGAGUGCUGGCAUUACAAAUACAAUUGGCCCAGCUAUGGGGAUUGAAGCUUUAAAGUACAUCAGUUAUCCUGCCCAGGUCCUUGCAAAAUCUUCAAAAAUGAUACCAGUGAUGCUGAUGGGUAGCUUAGUUUAUGGUAUUAGAUACACUUUUCCAGAGUAUGUCUGCACUCUCCUGGUUGCUGGUGGUGUUUCGAUGUUUGCACUUUCAAAGACUAGCUCAAAGACAAUAAGCAAGCUGGCGCACCCAAAUGCUCCACUUGGAUAUGGGCUGUGUUUCCUUAAUCUUGCUUUUGAUGGAUUUACAAAUGCUACUCAAGAUUCAAUUACAUCAAGGUACCCGAAGACAAGUGCUUGGGACAUAAUGUUGGGUAUGAACAUGUGGGGUACCAUUUACAAUACAGUCUUCAUGUUUGGAUAUCCGGGCGCUAGUGGAUACGAGGCAGUUAAAUUCUGCAAGUUGCACCCAGAUGCAGCGUGGGACAUUUUUCUCUACUGCCUGUGUGGUGCAGUGGGCCAAAAUUUCAUUUUUCUAACCAUAAGUCGAUUUGGUUCUCUCACUAACACUACCAUCACCACCACUCGCAAAUUUGUCAGCAUUGUGGUGUCUUCACUUCUUAGUGGAAACCCGCUAUCAACAAAGCAAUGGGGGAGCGUUUUCAUGGUUUUCUCAGGGUUGUCGUACCAGAUUUACCUCAAAUGGAGGAAAUUGCAGAGAUUUCAGAAGAAGAGAAAGCCCAUGUGAAGUCCAUGAUAUAUUAUUGGUGUAACUGAGAGGUUCAAUAUCACAUUUGAAUAUAGACAAAUGUAUCGGAGUAGAUCUUAUUUUUCAAGUCUCUACAUGUAGUUAGGGGAAGUUUUGACGUGUUGUUGGAAUGACAUGAGUUUUAAAACCAGUACCAGUUGGCUUCGACUGAAAUUUGAUAUUAUUAAAUUUUUGAUAAUUAUGUGAGCAUUUGUUGUGUACC